AUGUCGAGGCUCACAAAUAGCCCCGGAUUCGUGUCGAAACUUCUGUCCACCUCGAAAAUGCCGGCUUUCACUCUGUAUGGCGCUCGCGGUUCGACCAACACCGAUCGUGUCCGCCUGACUCUCGCCGAAGGUGGCUUUACGGAUUACGAACUCGUGCUUCUCAACCUUCAAAAAGGAGAGCAAAAAUCCACAGAACACAAAAAACGUCACCCGUGGGGCAAAAUACCCGUAUUGGUUUCCACCGAAGGGUUCACUCUCUACGAGAGUCGCGCAAUCUGCAAAUACCUCGCGACGAAGUACUCAUUUUCACUCUUGCCUCCCGAGUCCGACAUUGAAGCUGUGGCGCUGUUCGACCAGGCGCAGAGCACAGAAAUGCUCUACUUCGCAGAACCCGCCGGUAGAAUUGCAUUCGAGAAGUUUGCCAAAAAGUUCAUGGGGCUACCGCCAGAUGAGAACAUUGUCUCAGACGCACUGCGGUCGGUCGAGAUGUUUUUCGACGUUGCAGAACGCCUCCUACACCAGAAAGACUACAUGGCCGGAGACGAGUUCACUCUCGUAGACAUCUACUACAUUCCGCUGAUCCAAAGACUUUUCGCAUGCGGUGAUAUCUUCGUUGUCGCGCUCCUCCCCACAGAUAGACAUUGUCAGCUGGAUGGCUCCAACAACAACUUACCAUGGCCAUCAGGAACACCUAAUGGCAUCAAGAUCUCGAUUCUCCUGGAAGAGCUCAAGGCCGCUUAUGGCAAGGACUAUACCUACCAAACCAUAAACAUCUUGAAGGACACGCAGAAGCAGCCAUGGUACACGUCGCUCAAUCCGAACGGCCGUAUUCCUACCAUUAUCGAUCACGACCGCGGUGGCCUGGCCGUAUUCGAAGGGCUGGCCAUUCUCUCAUACCUGGCGCGUCACUACGACCCCGAAUACAAAUUCAGCUUCCCUCUCGACUCAGAUGACUAUACAAUCUGCGAGCAGUGGAUGGCGUGGCAGCACGGCGGCAUUGGGCCGAUGCAGGGUCAAGCGGUCUACUUUGUCCACAUAGCCAACGAAAAGGACGCGUUUGCUAUUCAACGCUACGUCGGCGAGUCGGAACGACUUUACGGCAUCCUGGACGCUCGUCUCCGAGACCGCGACUGGGUCGUGGGGCCCGGCCGGGGCAAGUUCUCCAUCGCAGACAUAUCGCUUGCCGGGUGGGCCAACCUCAUUCUGUACACCCACAUCGACCUUUCCAAGUUCCACCACGUCGAGGCCUGGCUGGAGCGCCUGUACGCGAGGCCAGCCCUGCGGCGCGGUCUUGCCGUCCCCAGUGGCACGACCCCUCUAGUGGGCAACCAGACACUCAGGAGAAGGCUGCUCGAAGACGAAGAGUUCAGGGCAAAACACAUGGCAACCGAGAAGCUUGUGCAAGAAGCUCAGAAGCAGUAUGGCUACAAGUACUCGUCGCCUUGA